AUGGCUACCUUCAACGGCACCGUCAUCCUCCUCCUCUCUCUCGGGUCCGUAGCAAUCUUGGCCGCCGGGAGGGAGCCGACCACUCGCCUACACUUCUACAUGCAUGACAAGAUAAGCAACCCCAACGCCACCGCUGUGAGGGUCGCAGAAGGGCCUCAGACGAGCACGGGACCGGGCAUCAACUUCGGCGACAUCUACGGAGAGUACAAGGGAAGCACGCUGGCGAUACUGAGCAGAGACGCCAUCUUCUCGCCGAUGAGAGAGCUCCCGAUGGUGGGAGGCAGCGGCGCGUUCAGGCUCGCACGCGGCUACGUGCUCAUGAAGACCUACUCGUUCAACCAGACUCUGGGCGAUGCCGUUCUAGAAUGGGACGUCUACGUCAUGCACUAA